AUGCCUCCCAACCUCACUGGCUACUACCGCUUCGUCUCGCAGAAGAACUUGGAGGACUACCUGCAAGCUCUGAAUAUCAACAUGGCUCUGCGGAAGAUUGCCCUGCUGCUCAAGCCGGACAAGGAAAUUGACCAGCAGGGCGCCCACAUGACGGUGAAGACCCUCAGCACCUUCCGGAACUACAUUCUGGAAUUCGAGGUGGGAGUGGAGUUUGAGGAGGACCUGAGGAUCGUGGAUGGACGCAAGUGCCAGUCCAUAGUCACCUGGGAAGGGGAACAGCUGGUUUGCGUGCAGAAAGGAGAGAUCCCUAACCGGGGCUGGCGACUCUGGCUGGAGGGAGAGAUGUUAUAUCAGGAAGUGACCGCACGGGAUGCAUUGUGCCAGUGUAUCUUCAGGAAAGUCAAGUAG